ACCUGCAAGUGCAUCUGCCUAAUCACUACUUGUGCGCCGCGCGUAUGUAUGUGUAUAUAUAUAGUCAACCAUCAAAGAUCUGUCACGCACGCAUAGCAUGGCGUGGCAGAACCGCCAUUGAAGCGGGAAGAAAUUCGAAGAACCCUCGAAAUCAGGAGAAGGAAACAAAUCAUCCUCCCAUCCCGAGAAGAGAUGGCAACACCAACAGCCAACAGAAGGUAGGGGACAUGGCGGAGGAGGCGUCGCCGUCGCCGUCGCCGCCCAAGUUGCUCUACAUUGCCAUCGCCGACGGCGGGGUCCGCCGGGCGUUCCGGUACACGCGCCCCGUGCUGCAGAGCACCCUGCAUCUCAUGGGAUGCAAGCCUCGCCAUGCCUUCAAGAUUAGCAAGAGAGUAUUCAAUGUGAUGAAGAGUGAAUUCUUGGCCACAUCAAAGUCAGAUGGGGCAACCAAACAAGAAAAUUAUCCUGCCUUUGGCCUUGGAGAUGGUACAGAUACUCCAAAAAUGUUGGAGAGAAGCAAUAGCAGCGUACCAUUUGAAUUAUACAAGAACCAGACUACCGUUGUUGUUUCAAGAGAGGAGUUUGUAAGUGUUGUAUGUGAUGCCCUCUCUUUGUACAAGUAUGUUGGACCCAACCAGAAAGCUGACCUGCUUCUUGCUUGCAGAAUUAAAGAGAGAAAGGAAUCGGUGGCAAUACUCUUGUGUGGGACAAGUGGAUGUGGCAAGUCCACUUUAUCAUCUUUGCUGGGUAGUAGGUUGGGUAUCACGACAGUAGUUUCUACUGAUUCCAUACGACAUAUGAUGAGAAGCUUUGCAGAUGAAAAACAAAGUCCUCUUCUCUAUGCAUCAACCUACCAUGCAGGUGAAUAUUUGGAUCCUAUUGCAGUUGCUCAGGCAAAGGCAAAGCGCAAUGCAAAUAAACCCACAGUUGUUUCUCAUCCAAAUACCAGUGGAGACAAAGAUGUGACUUCAGGUGACAAAUCUCAGCAUGGAUCUUCAGAAUUACCUCCUAGAGCUGAAUUGAUUGGCAACAAGCAAAUGGCAGUAGAAGGCUACAAGGCGCAAAGUGAGAUGGUGAUCGACAGCCUGGACAGGUUAAUUACAUCCUGGGAAGAGCAGAAAGAAUCUGUGAUUGUUGAAGGAGUGCAUCUAAGCCUUAACUUUGUGAUGGGAUUAAUGAAGAAACAUCCUUCCAUAAUACCAUUUAUGGUAUACAUUACAAAUGAGGAUAAACACAUGGAACGAUUUGCUGUACGUGCAAAGUACAUGACUCUAGACCCAGCAAAGAACAGAUACAUCAAAUACAUUCGAAAUAUUAGAGCUAUCCAGGAAUACCUAUGCAACCGAGCUGACAAGCAUCUUGUGCCGAAGAUCAACAAUACCAAUGUUGACCAGAGUGUGGCUGCUAUACAUGCAACAGUCUUCAGCUGUCUUCGCAGGCGAGCAGCCGGGGAGCAACUGUAUGACCUCAACACAAACACUGUUGCUGUAGUGGAUGAGGAAUACAGGAACCAGCGUGCAGCUAACACCUUGGGUUCUAAGGGCAUGUUUCAGUUGAUCCAAAGGAAGGGGUCUUCAAGGAAUCUGAUGGCACUUCUUAACACCGACGGUUCAGUCACCAAAGCUUGGCAUGUAAGUGCAAGUGAUGGCAAUGGGAAUCUUAAUGGUAUCACAAACAACAAGAAGUCUCCUGAAAAUCCUAUGCUGGAUCCCUCACAAAUCGGGAAGGCAGAAGCCGUCAAUCUCCAGUUUGGUCCUUUUGGGAUCAGUGCCUGGAUGAGUGACACGGGUGGAACCAGCCAUACUGGGAGUGUGGAAGACCUGAGGCCUGAUAGUGUGGAGACUGGUGGUAGAAAUUAUUCGUCGUGCUGCAGUUCGCCAAAGAUGUCAGAUUCCACCUCGAAGGAGCUUAUGGAGGACUACUCAGUCUAUGGCAGUGACGAAGAAGCUGACGACCCUCGUGAUGCUGAAACUGAUGAUGACCUAACUGAUGAAGAAAGAGACAUGCACGAGAUAGAUGCAGGCUCUGUAGACGAGCACUCAACCAAGUCGGAUGAGGAAUACGAGGACUUAGCCAUGCGUGAUGUGAUGGAGAAUGGUGACUGGUCUGACGACGACCAAGCUGUGGGCAAAACCAAGAACUCACCAGCCCUGGAGAGCAUCCAUGGGAGUGGGGCAGCUGAAGAUGAUGGCAUAAAGAGCCGGUACCACCACAACCUGGACCUGUUCCUGAAAAUGUCCAAGGAGGUAGCUGGCACCAGAAUGCCUUGCGCGUCAUAGUGCCACCAGGGUGGAGAGAAGGCCGGCGACACGCUGCUCUGGUCCCAGUGGGUGGUAUGUUUCUUGGGCACCUGCUUUUGUGAUGCUGUGAGCUUGUGCUGUUGAGUGUACACCGGUGGCUGUGGCUUUGUAGCAUGUACCUGUCCAAACUACAAAAUGCUCUCACCUGGUUGUAAAGAGAGGACCUGAUGCUUUGUCAUAUCAUGUAGUAGGAGUAUUAUGUUUGACAAUAAUGUCCUGGCCCUGCUGCUGAUGAAGUCACCUCACGUGAACUAUGUGCCAUAUCAUGCAUGUCCUUUGGUUGAUCAAUGUUUACAAA